AUGGCAAACAAACGAAAGAUCAUGGGUUGGGUGGGAAUAGGCAUCCUUGUGGCAUCACAGAUUCACUCCGCUAUUGGAAUCUCAUGGGGCAGCAGUGCGCGAAAAUUAGAUCUGGUGAGAGCAGGCCAUGUUCAGCAGAGUGCUACACGAAGUAGCCUAUCGCAAGCCUUGCAGUCUGGCUCAAGAUUGCCUAACUCCUAUGAACUGGCUUUAGGUGAACUGCGAGAAUUGGAAUCAGAGCCUCUGUGCCAUAGAACAGCCGCACGCCUCUUGGUGAACAGCUGUGAAGUUCUCGAGAGCAAGAAUGAGGCAACUGUUCUCACAGACAGUGGUAGGAAAAUCAGAGAUUUCAUUGACUCGUAUGCCGCAAGUCUAGCCAUCUGCGAUCUAGAAAGAGGUAGUUUCGACAUUCCUACAGAAUGCGAUCACUUCCGAGAGCCUGCCUUAAACCAACUUCCACUUCAGAACUCAGGCCAGCUGCAUAACACUUGGGUCAACUACCGCCAUAAAGCCUUGAGAUUCUGCGAAGCUGCCAGAGCGGAUAACCAGAAAGCUCAACAAAUCUUUCUCUUUGAGCGUCUAACGAAGAUUAUGGGCCGAUUCACCGAUGACGUCGACAAGCAAUUCGAGCAGCACUUGACUAGCCUAGGUAUACGAGCCCAGGCGACAGGUGAUAGAAUCGAUGAGCUCUCACCGAAGGUUGAUCAUUUGAACGCUAUGCUGAAAUCUGUGGAGGAAUUGUUCCUCGGUCAGCUUAUUCAAGAGGUGAAGGAAACUACAGAGUUAGUCAAUUCAGGCACCCAGAACGCGCUCAACCUUCAGAGAAUGCUGGGUGUGAUGUUCAAGGGUGUUCUUGAAGGCCAAGCCGAAGUUGCGGCUACCUACGAGCGAUCGAUAGAGGUUGCCAACCAACGCGUAGAGUCUGCAAUGGACACGGCCAUGCAAGUGAUGGUACUUGCCACCGAAUCUGCUGUGAAUUUGCAAACCCAACUUGAGUCUUCUCGUCUACAGGCAAUGGAACUAGAGACUAGACAGAACAAUCUGGAAGAGGGAAUGCAACGACUUGUUGGCGUAUCGGAAACUCUAGCGACGGAAUAUUACGAUCAUGCGAAUCAUUUACGUCGUGCGCAAAAUAUAACGAAUGGCAUCCUCGGCUCUUUAGAGGACACGGCUGCUUCCGCAAUUCACGUCAAGAAUUCUGUUCUCCGACAAUCAUUCUCAUCUUGGUGGCCGUACAUCUGGUGUCCAGCAGCAUCACUUGUCUUGGGCUCGUAUGGACUUCCUCCUUCUAGCACGAGGAACUUAGGCCUGCUAGUUCUAGGCGAAGCUGCAGGUUUUACACUUUCACUCCUUCAGUCAUAUUCCCCGGACUUAUCGUUCAUAUCAUCUCUGGGGUUUUAUUCCCUACAACUGGGAAUUACUGGGUAG